GUCGGAAAUUGCUGGAUUCUCUUCGCCAAGGACGUCUUUGCGCGCUGUUCUGCUGGAGAUUUCUUCGAUCUGCACUUUCGGUGGGUCUCCUUUGAAGAUCUGUAGCGGAUUUCGCCGCCAUGGCUGCGCCGUUUUUCUCGACUCCUUUUCAGCCUUACGUCUACCAGAGUCAGCAAGAUACUAUUACACCUUUCCAAAUUCUGGGCGGAGAAGCUCAAGUUGUUCAGAUAAUGUUGAAGCCUCAGGAGAAGGUUAUUGCGAGGCCUGGCUCCAUGUGCUACAUGUCUGGGUCUGUUGAGAUGGAAAAUACCUAUACGCCUGAGAAUGAAGUUGGGGUUUUGCAAUGGCUUUUAGGCAAGAGUGUCAGCAGCAUAGUUCUCCGUAAUACUGGUCAAAACGAUGGGUUUGUUGGUAUCGCUGCGCCUUCUUUGGCAAGGAUUCUUCCGAUUGAUUUGGCAAUGUUUGGAGGGGAGAUCUUAUGCCAGCCAGAUGCAUUCCUCUGCUCUGUUAACGACGUGAGGGUCAUUAACACUGUUGACCAACGAGCAAGGAAUGCUGUUGCCGUUGGUGCAGAGGGGUUUUUGAGACAAAGGCUAACUGGCCAGGGCCUGGCCUUCAUUCUUGCUGGCGGCUCAGUUGUACAGAAAAAUCUCGAGGUGGGUGAGGUUCUUACAAUUGACGUGUGGUGCAUUGCUGCUCUCACUCCCUCCAUCAAUGUCCAAAUCAAAUACAAUGCUCCUGUGAGAAGGGCGGUGUUCGGGGGUGAAAACGGAGUUACUGCGACGCUAACGGGACCAGGCAUUGUCUUCAUUCAAAGUUUGCCGUUUCAUCGGCUUUCUCAGGGGAUCGCAAGGUCGGUCGCGUCACCAAACAUGAGGGAAAACCCAAAGUUAUUGGUUCAGAUAGCGAUAUUCGUAUUCCUUGCUUAUGUUGUGAUUGUAUCUUCUUUGAUCUUAACCGAAGUAUGAAAAAGCCUGUGUUUAAUGUGAUGCUGCUCACCUUCCUUGUCCCUCGUUUUGGUUGGAAUAAUAUAUACAUAUUACAACAUAAGAUUGGUCUUCCCUUUUGUGUGUGUGAUCUUA